AUGAAAUUUGAAAAUAUUAUUUAUUUUUUAAGUUUAUUGUUAUUAAUCGGAUCGACAAUAUUGGUUGUUGAGUCAGUUUAUUAUGUAGAGAUGACACCAUAUGAAGAUGAUGCAUGUACAGUUUCAAAAGGUGAAAGUGGAGUUGGUUAUGCAUUUGUUGUUGGUGAAUGUUUUGCUGUUGGUAGUUUUGCGCCAAUAAUUAAUAAUUAUGUGAUUUCACUUAGCGGUGUUGGUAAUAAUACAGCAACAUUUCAUCAAUAUCAAAAUUCAGAUUCAACAUGUUCACAAGCUAAUCCAGUAAAUGAUGUUACUUAUCAAUCAGGAAGUUGUUAUAAUGCACCAAAUUACGCUGACAAUAAUAUGUAUCCAAAUAUAUAUAAUUAUGUUUUAGUUUCAAUUGUAGAAAAUCCAACAAGCAUGCCACAGUAUGCUUUUAAAUUCACACAAUAUAGUGAUUCCAAUUGUGCUACCAAUCCCCAAUGGUACUUUUUCUAUACAAAUGGUACAACAUUCCAUUAUGGUAAUAAUGAUUUCAGUAAAUUUUAUUGUGAUGAAGGUGAACGUAAUAUUGUGAAGGUUCAUCAAGUAAUUGCACAUCUACAGAUAUAUACAGACCAUGUAGUCGUAAUGCAUGGGCAUGGAAAGAACCCAUUUACUAUUUAG